AUGCCUUCAGCAACAUUACUAGGAAAGCGGAAAAGCGUGACCGCUUCUCAGCCCGAGGGUGCGAAGAAGCAAAAGAGAGUUGCUGUGGAGGACGACGUCGUCAAGAGGAUCAAGCAGAAAACCGCCGCCAAGAAGGACGUGAAGGAGAAGAAGCCAGCGAGGAAGGAGAAGGAGAAGGAGGACGAAGAAAAUGUAGUGAAGAAGGCGGAGGAGAAGAAAGAGGAGGACGACCAAGAAGAUAUCAGCGACGCUCUUUCCAUUUUCCAGCGCGCUUUCGAGGCUCGGUUUAAGCCAAUUGCUCCUACUACUACCACCACGACGAAGGCCGAGAAGAAAUCGAAGUCCGACAAGAAGAACAAGGCUAGGAAAGUCCAAGGAGAUGGGGACGAGGACGGCGAUGAUUUCGACGAGGACCAAAUACUUGACGACGAUGAUGCGGUAGAUUCGGGCUCGGAAGACGACUUCUCUGGCGACGAAGAGGAUGAGGAGGAUUACAGUGGCAGCGACAGUGAAGGCGAAGAGGAGGAGGAAGAGCAAGAGCAAGAGGAGGAUGCUCCCAAAGUGAUGGUGGUGGAUUACUCCACGGAUCCGUCAAAGGUGGAUACGGCGAAGAUGUCGAAGAAGGAAUUGAAGGCUUAUUUGUCAUCCAAACCCCCCAACGCCAUCCUCGACUCCGCCUCCUCCCAAACAGCCAAGUCCAAAAAGGACAAGGACGGCGCCGACGGCGACGACAGCGCCGCCUUCCUCGCCAACGAUCUUGCCCUGCAGCGCCUCAUCGCCGAGUCGCACAUCCUCUCCGCCGCCGGUGGCAACGCCUCGCACUACCUGUCCAGCGCGGCUGCCGAGACCGAAAAAAACACGCGCGCCUUCGCCGAGGGCCGCAUCCGCAAGAAGACGACGGACAUGCGCAUGCAAGCGCUUGGAGCCAAGGGCAGCGUGCUGGAACAAGAAAAAAUGCCCAUGAACAUGCGCAAGGGUAUCAAUAAGGCGGCCGAGACGUACGAGCAGAAGAGGAGGAGGGAGGCCAGGGAGAAUGGUGUCAUUCUUGAGAAGGCUUCUGGCAAGGGCGGAAAGAGCGGUGGUGGUGGCAGGGGUGGUGGGAAGAAGAGGGGCGGAGACAGGGCAGUGGAUAUGCCUGGUAUUGGCAAGAUGAGGGGCGCACAGUUGACGAUCAGUGCCCGCGAGAUCAGGAGUAUGGAGGCUUCCUCGGGACCUGGUGGGAGAGGAGGAAGGGGUGGUAGGGGUGGGAAGGAGAAGCGUGGGCAUAGGAAGAGGAGGUGA